AUGGUAGGCGCUGCCGUCAAGAAGCGUGUUGCUGCCGAGCAGCACUCCAACAACACCGUCCGCAAUGGGUCGUCAUCUUCGGGUGACACAUCGUCGUCCGGCAAGGCCACCCACUCUGUGCGGUCAUCAGCCAGCACUCAGUCCAAGGCUCCAUCUCAUGCACCAUCUUCGCGUGCUCCCACCGCUCGUGCUACCUACGACGGCAAUGCCGACCCUCACCCCAUCAAUGAGCGCAACCCAGCCACUUCGAAGGUCAUCGUCGACCCCAAGAAGUUCAACUUCGACUUGGGCAUGGGCGGAUGGAGUACCGUUCGCGGCACUGAAAUUUCGAAGAGCAUGCCUCCUCGCCCAGCUGCUUCUAAGCUCGGCGUCGCCACUAAGAUCGCCCUGAACAGCUUUCACGUUGAGUCGUUCCCMAACAUUCCCAUUUACCAGUACGACGUUCAGAUUGGCACCGGCGUCGAGAAGCGUGGUGCUAUCCGCGCCGUCUGGGAGUCUAAGGCUGUGCAGAAGGAGGUUGGCGGAACCGCUAUCUUCGACGGCAAUAAGCUUAUGUGGAGCGGCAAGAGCAUUGAUCGCGAGUUGAGAAUCAACGUGGACCUUAACAUCGAGGACGGGCGUGACAUGUCCAAAGUCAAGGAUCCUUCUAAGCAACAGUUUCGGGUUAUUAUCCGUCAGACGAAUAAGGUCAAAUUCGAAUCCCUGAUGGCGUACCUCAAAGGCCAGGCGUCGUUCGACAACGCCUGCCUGGAGGUGAUCAAUUUCGCCGAUCACCUCCUCCGCAUGACUCCAUCUACCAAGUACACGCCUAUUAAGCGUGCAUACUUCCAGACCCGCCUUGCUGGGAAAGCUACUAGCAACGCGGCUAUGCUCCUCGGAGGCGGCGUUGAGGCUUUUAAGGGUGUUUACCAAUCCCUGCGUCUCGUCCAUCCUGGCCGUCUCGCAAUCAACAUCGAUGUCGCCAACGGUGUAUUCUGGAUCCACCAGAAGCUUCUCGACACUGUUUUUCAGGUCGCUGGCUGCCGUGAUGCUUCCGACCUGAGUGCCGCGCUGUCCAGAGGUGGUGAGAGCGGUCGUCACGGCAAGGCCCUGAAGCGUCUGCGCAAGGUUCACUGCUUUACCCAGUUCCGCGGGGGUGAAGUGGACAAAUACUGCAUCGAGCGUUUCGUGUUCAACAAGACCGCGAAGACCGCCAAGUUCAAGGUUAAUGAUGUUGAGACCACGGUGUACAACUACUACGCCACAAAGUACAACAUCCGCCUCCAGUACCCCGAUCUGCCACUCGUCAAGGCUACUAAGGGCCAGAACACGCUUGUUCCAAUGGAGCUGCUUAUGAUCAAGGAGAAUCAGCGUUACAACUACAAGAUGGACGAGAAGCAGACCGCUAACAUGAUCAAGUUCGCGGUCACUGCUCCACCUGAGCGUUGGGCGCACAUCGAGCAUGGACAGCGCAUGCUCGACUGGAACUCCGAUCCUGUUCUCAAGAAGUACGGCCUGAACGUCUCCAACAAGCGCACUACUGUCGACGCUCGGCUGCUCACUGCGCCGACUGUGAAGUACGGCAAGGGUGACGCGAAGCCAGGUACUUCUGGCCGCUGGGAUCUUAAGGCCAAGCAAUUCCUCCAGAGCAAUCCUGUGCCGCUCAAGUCCUGGGCCGUUUGUGUCAUCUCUGGACGUCGCGGUGGCAAGCCUGACAAGGCCACUAUCGACAGAUUCAUUUCCGAAUUUGUUAAGGGCUACAUCGGCCUCGGUGGCAAGGUUGAGAACAAGACACCUCCGAUGGUCCUCGCCGCUGGCGACGAUGCGGGUGUGUGGGUUACCGAUACCUGGAACAAGGCUGGUACCGCCGCCAACUCGCGGCCGCAGAUGCUUAUGUUCAUCCUACCUGACAAGGACUCCGUCACUUACGGCCGCAUCAAGCGCUCCGCCGAGUGUCGCUACGGCGUUGUAUCUCAGUGCGUCCAAUACGCUCACGCCCAGAAGGCUCAACUUCAGUACAUUGCCAACGUGUGCAUGAAAUUCAACGCAAAGCUGGGAGGUUCAACUUGUCGGGCAGUGGGCAAGACCACCGCUGGUCCAACUGGCAUCUUCACCGUUCCGACUAUGAUCAUCGGUGCAGAUGUAACCCACGGAGCUCCUGGAGCGGAGGUUCCCUCUGUGGCCGCUUUGACUAUGUCCAUCGAUAAGCUGGCUACUCGCUACGCUGCUACGUGCCAAACCAACGGCUUCCGCGUGGAAAUGAUUAACACUAACAUUAUCAACACUGAGCUGAAGGCUAUGGUUCAGCACUGGAUGUCGGCCGUUGGAAAUGGGAAGCUUCCCCAGWUGGUGAUCUACCUUCGCGACGGUGUUUCUGAAGGCCAGUACGCCCACGUUCUUAAUCAGGAGGUCGCCGACAUGAAGGCCCUAUUUAAGACGGCCGAUCCUGGGAACAACACCAAGUUCAUUGCUAUCGUAGGCUCAAAGCGUCACCACAUCCGCUUCUUCCCCGAGAAGGGCGACAAGAACGGCAACGCUCUUCCUGGAACUUUGGUCGAGAGCGGCGUUACUAACCCAUUCGAAAACGACUUCUUCCUUUGCGGUCACAAUGCUUUGAAGGGUACGGCUCGUCCUGUUCACUACUACGUGCUGAUGAAUGAGACCACCCUGGGCAACGACUACAUUCAGACCUUGCUCUACGAGCACGCUUACCAGUACGCCCGUGCCACCACUCCAGUUUCUAUCCACCCAGCUAUCUACUACGCUCACUUGGCUGCUGCUCGCGCGGUCUCCCACGACCCUAAGUGGAACGGCAGCAGUGAUGUGGCUCCUGGCUCCACCAUCAACAACAACAAGCAGUCCGGUUCUCAGGGCAAGUCUGGUGGCAGCUCCUCUGGUGUGCCGACUGACUACGAGAAGCUGUUGGAGAUGCCUCCUACCGGUGGUAUCAGAAACUCCAUGUGGUACAUCUAA